GAAGCUGUAUGGUGUAUUUCAGUGCMAUGAUGGCCAUUCCAUUAUACUUUGAUAAAUACAAGUUCGAAGCAUUUUCUAUAGUUUCAAGUGGUCCAGGCUCUUCAUUGUUACUAAUGACUCCAAUUGUGCAGAAUUUAAAUCAAUCUUUGGACUGGAGAAUAACUGUGCUCGUUAUGUCUGCAUUUUCACUCGCGCACCUUUCCUUGUAUCAAUUGUCACGCGAUCAGCGGAUCCAAACAAUAGUUUAACUACUGAUGAAGAGGUUGAGAAUCGUAGUGAAGAAAGGUCUUGCCUAGCUGGCGACUUUUGCUACUUUUCAGCUCUAAAAAUAAAGGAAUUUUUGUUGGCGACGAUUACGAUGGCGGUUUCCUGCUUUGGACAUGGCAUGCCGUUCGUCCAUUUGGCCAAGCUCUCAGAAGAUAUAGGAAUCGAAAGCAAACGAUCUUCAUGGUUGUACUUUAUCAUUGGAUUCAGCUCUACAGCAUCUCGACUUCUUGUCGCAAAAUUUGGAAAAAAUGGACCUUUAUCUCUUCCAAUUAUAUGUUUACUUGGCAAUAUACUUCUUGCUUUGGGCAACUUAAUUUUACCUUCGACCUCGGUUUUCUAUGCCUUAGUGUUGUAUUCUAUUGGUUAUGGUGUUGGAGAGGGGUUGCUGAUAACUCCAGCCUUGAACAUUGUGUUGGAAAGUAUACCAAAUGAGAAAAGAGGCAGUGGAUAUGAUCUUUUCACGUUCAAUUGCAUCGGUCUUAUCAGGUACUGCAUGAAGUUAAGAUCAUCUUAUCUCAGGACUCCAUGUUUAGCUUGUCCAAGUGCAUCAUGGUACCAGGGCGGAUCCAGGAUUUUCCUCAGGGAGGGAUGCGGGGCACUCAGUAGGGGGUGCACCCCAAAAAACUCAUUACCAUGAAUAUACAAAAU